UUCACGACCCGGUUCAAACACUGAAGUGAACUGAAGCAGCAGAAGAGAGCGGACCCUAGUUUUGGCGGUAAUGCCAAAACAGGCAAACACACUCUGAUACACACCAAAACUCAAAUACCCAGAAAUUCCAAGUAGCUUAGAGACUACUACUCAAGGGUUUAAGCAAUGGGAGAAGAAGAAGAGCAACAAGAGCAGCAACACCUAUCCAAUUCGCCCAACCCAGAUACCGAAAUUACCGAAAACCCAAGCCACCGGCGAGAAGUAGAGUACUCAUGGCCGGCGAUUCGGUUCGAUGUUCCUCCGCAGAGAACCUACCACUUCUCCCGCCAGUUCAGAACUCCCUCAAACCCUAACAAUUUUCUCAAGGCCGUCAAAUGGUCGCCGGAUGGUUCUUGCUUUCUCACCAGUUCUGAGGACAACACCCUCCGAGUUUUCGCAAUACCGGAAAGUGGGAAUGAAUAUGUUAACGGCUAUUCUGCGCCUGCUGAUGAAGACUCCUAUGCUGCGAGCCUUGUUAUCAAUGAGGGAGAGUCGGUAUAUGACUAUUGUUGGUACCCUUACAUGUCUGCUUCAGACCCAGUUACAUGUGUUUUCGCAAGUACAGCUCGUGAUCAUCCGAUUCAUCUUUGGGAUGCUUCUUCUGGUCAGCUACGUUGCACGUACCGUGCUUAUGAUGCUGUGGAUGAAAUCACUGCUGCUUUUUCAAUUGCCUUUAAUCCCAGUGGAACAAAGAUUUUUGCUGGAUACAACAAACUAGUCAGGGUGUUUGAUUUACAUCGCCCUGGUAGAGAUUACAACCAGUAUUCGACUGUUCAAGGAAAUAAAGAAGGCCAAACAGGUAUAAUGUCUGCAAUGGCUUUUUCUCCAACCCAUAAUGGAAUGCUAGCUAUAGGCUCUUACAGCAAGACUACUGCAAUAUAUAGAGAAGAUAAUAUGGAACUUUUAUAUGUAUUACAUGGACAUGAAGGUGGGAUUACACAUGUCCAGUUCUCAAAGGAUGGAAAUUACUUGUAUACUGGAGGUCGGAAGGAUCCUUAUAUACUAUGCUGGGAUAUACGCAAAUCUGUUGAUGUUGUCUACAAGUUAUAUAGGUCUGCAGAACAUACCAACCAGCGGAUUCUGUUUGAUAUUGAGCCACUUGGCCGCCAUCUUUGUACAGGUGGUCAGGAUGGUUUUCUUCAUAUAUAUGAUCUUCAAACUGGACAAUGGGUGUCAGGCUUCCAAGCUGCAUUGGAUACUGUUAAUGGAUUCUCUUUUCAUCCCUUUCUGCCAAUGGCUACAACUUCUUCGGGCCACCGAAGAUUUCUUCCUCCUGAUGAUGGGAUUGACGAAUUGCAUUUGAGUGGUCAUGAAAACUGUGCUUCUGUGUGGAGUUUCUCUGUUGCUUCAAUGGAAGAGAACGUUGUUGAAAUUAAUGGCAAUGAUCACAACAGCCAGAACCGGCUCCAGAAUCUGUAGCCAAGCUGCUGUAUCCCAUCUAACAAAUCAUAUGAUCUUCUGCCAAAAAAAAUAUAAUUUGCAUUGGUGUACACUAAUUGAAUAUGAAGUUUCUUUCAGUCGGAUAGAAAUGUCUUCAAGCUUUGCAUCCCAUAUGUGACCCAAAAUUGAGCUCAAUUUUGAGGGGACUAUUGUCUAUCUAUCCCUGUGAAAAGCUUUGUCUGGUUGAAUUAAAGUCAAUUAACCUUUUUUUUGAGUAAAUGAAAGAUUUCAUUGAUAAUCGCAUGUCAGAACAACACUUACAAAUUUCUCAAAAGCGAGAAUCAUGCACCAUUCACUUAAGACAUCUUAGCUCACUUAAUCAAGGAGCCUAAUUAACUACAACAUUACCCUUCAAAGAGAUAAUUUUGUGUGAAAACUUUUUUUGCCAAUGCGCUCAAUUGCCUUGAGGCGCCCCCUUGCUGGGCGGCUCUUCCAACCCAGAUCUUCAAAACCGUCUUUCUGCAAGAACUCAUUCCGGCAGGAGGACGCAUCAGUGUAGUGUAAGGCAGAACCAAAUUCAUAGUUCUGCAGAUGUAGUAGGGUGCUCGUCAACCAUAGUCGACUUUUAAAGGCUACACAGCAGCCUCGAGUGAUAGAGAACGCCGAUGUAGAGACCCAAAACCAAGGCGGCUAGGGUUUAGCAUCUUUGCCUCAAGAUGAAUGGCUAUGUUGAAGACCAAUAGUGUUUUAAUACAAAUUUUGUACGUGAUUUGCAUGCUCCUGAAGGAAAAAGUGCGAUCUUCUUUCCUAUCCGGCGGCGAGCCCUUUGCAUUCAUCGGACGAGUGCUGUCAUCCUCGUGUGGGUCUAAUAUGUGGUCGGCCUUCUCGAUCUAUGUUUCUUGUUUGGAUUAUGGAGAUUGUGGCGGCGGUGUGUGAGGUGAGGAAUGGGAGCGAUCUCAGUAGUUGUCGGGUUUGGUGGAGUUGUUGUCGCAACAUGGCUAGAUUCGGAUCGGCGGCAGGAAUCCUUUUGAUCUGGGCAGUGUCCUAUUUGGUGGGAUCGUGGUGGCGGAUCUGGGUUGGUGCUAUGGGAUCCGAUCUGGGAUGGAUCGGGCACACUCUGGCUGGGUUAUGGUUUGCUCGUGGUGGCGCGAGCUGGCGUGACAGGAUGGCAGAAGGUGGGUGGUCCGGCGAAUCUGGUGUGGCGGGGCUUGGAUGGUGGCUAUGGUUUUUUCUAUUUCUUGGGUGGAGGCAUGAGCUUGGGCUUGGGCCCUCUUUUUGGGCUCAGCCUAGGCAUUUUAUGUUUUUAGUUUUGCUUAUGUUAGUUGGUUAGUAUUGUCUCGCCUUUGGUGUGUAAUAAGUCCCUACAACUAUCUUGUAGGGCUAGUUGGGCUAACUGCCUGUGUGUGCAUUCUAAGUGCCUUGUCUAGCCUACUGAGGCGGCGAUACAUUCUGAUUAAAUGGUUGCAACCUCAUAGUGGCAGGAUGAAACUCAGUGUCAUCGGGUUUCAUCUCUAGCGAUAACAUAGUAGGAAAGCUGUGAUUUGGGUAAUUAUGCUUCGUUGUAAUCAAGUUAUCUUUCCGCUAUGUCAAAGUAAAUGGAGUAGCCAGUCGUGCACUA